AAAAUCCCCAAAUUGUUGGAUUUGAAAUGUAAGACAGAGAGCAAUAUUAAUAAUAUAUCUGUUCAAAAACCCCAAAACAGAUUAUAUAUAUAUACUUACUUUGUAUGAGAAAUAAGACACCCAUUGAGAUAUGGGAAAGACAAAAGGAAUCGUAGAUAAUGAUCCCAAGGUUGGUUCCCCCAUGGAUGACCUUCCUUUCAAAUUUUUCCAGUUCUUUGUGAUGACUGCUCUUCGCAUUGAUCUCCUCCAACCUGGUCGCGUCCUUUGCUCUCUCAAAGUCCCUGCUCGUUUGCUUAACGAUAAUAAUUCCAUGCGCCAAGGAGCCUCCGCGUUACUUGUCGAUUGUUUGGGUCAUGCAGCGGUGAAGACUCUAACCCCUUCCUCCACCGGAGUUUCCCUCGAAGUCAACGUCUCCUUCUUCGAUGCUGCUUAUCUCGACGAGGAGAUUGAGAUUGACAGCAACGUUUUGCGUAUGGGAAAGACCAUUGCAGUAGUUAAUGUUGAAUUUAGGAAGAAAAGCAAUGGUAAAAUUAUUGCUCAGGGUCGGCUCACCACCUACGUCCCUGUCUCAAGCAAGUUGUAGUCAUGAACUUUCAAUAUUGGACGUCGUGUUGCCAACCAUUUUCCUCUGCCAGAUUACAUUUUCUAGCUUCAAUUGAAAGAAAUGUACUAAUAAUGAUAACAUGUUGCAAGAAAUGUAAUGGUGAAAAUAUCACAUUGUCGUAAGAAAUGUAAUGGGAUGUUACAUUUUGUGCAUUUUCCAAAUGGUAGUGUAGCUAAGUAUAAGGCUGGCUUGGUAGCAAAGGGAUAUCAUCAAGAGGAGAUUGAUUAGGGGAAAGCCUUCAGUGAUGUGGUUGUGAAGAAAUCUAUAAAACUUAUCAUUCUAUCUCUUGCUACUCAAUUUGGGAGGAAUUUGCAACAUGACACUAGGGAUGCAUUUCUUCCUGGGGAUGUUCAUGAAGGGGUUUAUAUGUGGAAACUUCAAGAAUUUGUUCAACAAUUCUCGCCCAAUCUAGUUUGUAAGCUUCUUAAAUCUCUCUAUAGAUUGAAGCAAUUGCCUAGUUAGUUUGUAAACUUCUUAAUCUCUACGUGGGUUGAAGUAAGCAUUCUGCGCUUGGCUUGCAUGUUUUACAUCCCAUCUUUUAACUUUGGAAUUCAUUACCUCUAAUGUCGAUUCUUCUUCGUGUUCA